CGAGCAAAGCUUUCAUUCAGGAGUGACGCGUUCGAUGAGUUGAGAUGGCACCAGCUUGCCUCCAUAUAACUCGGUGGAAGGGCUCACGUAGAGUCUGGGCUCGAUGAACGCCCAAGAUGGUGAAGAGUGGCAAGCUUGCAUUACUUGGGCUUCUUAUAUAAGAGCUGGAGCCUUGGUUCCUAUGCUUUCUUAGUCGAUAUGCGGAAGAUCUCUUCGUGGGGACUCGCCCAGUGCCUCUUCUGGGCUUGCGUAUCUGGCAUAGGAGAGCGGACUGCCCCGUCCAAGGUGACCAGUAGUAUAAAGGUGCCAUGGACUAAUUCAACUACGACGGCGAGUUCAAGCUCAAGCUCAAUAAUCACAAGUAGCUGGGAUAUUCCAGUUGGAAAUGCUACUACAAGUGUUCUUAUCCCUUCGACCUCGUCGACUAUAGUUCUACCUGGAAGUACCACUACUGAUGUCGUUGUUACCCCAACUUCAGCAACUACAGCUCCUCCAUUUGGAAAUGGUACCUCGAGUGCUACUGUCCCCUCAACCAUAAUAUCAUCGACCUCAGUUCCAUCCGGGAACUCUACCACAGGCAUCCCCGUCCCUUCGACUUCACUUUCGUCGGCUACAGUACCAUUUGGGAAUACUACUACAAGCGCUACCGCCCCCCCAACCACAUCACCAACAGCAAAGCCCACGUUGCCGCCUGGUCCCUUCAGGGGAUUCAAGAAUGGCGCCUACUUCACGAAUUGGGGCGUCAACUCGGGCUUCCAUCCUCAAGAGUUACCGGUCUCUGAGCUUACGCAUAUCUACUAUGCCUUCGCUGAUAUUGACGCAGACGGGACAGUAAAGUCUUCAGACCCCGUCGUAGAUCUCCAGAAGCGUUACCCAGACGACUCGCUCUCGAAUCGUACUGCGAACGCUUAUGGCGCCGUCAAGCAGUUAUACAUCCAUAAGAAGUUGAACCGUAACCUCAAGGUACUGCUGUCAAUAGGAGGAUGGAACUACUCACCAAAGUUCGUGGCAGCAGCCGCAACCGAUGCUUCGAGGUACAAGUUUGCGACUUCUGCCGUGAAGCUUGUUACAGACUGGGGUUUUGAUGGCAUCGAUAUUGAUUGGGAGUAUCCCGCCAACGAUGUCGAAAAAGAGAAUCUCGUCAAGCUGCUUCAGGCUUGUAGACAGGCAUUCGAUACAUACACACUCCUCCACGGUGUACAGUACCAAUUCACCAUCAGCGUGGCAAGUUCCGCCGGCCCCCAAAACUAUGAAAAUUUGGACUUGUUCACAAUGAAUAAAUACGUCGACUCCUGGCAUCUGAUGGCCUACGACUACUCCGGAAGCUGGGACACCGUCAGCGGGCACCAAGCGAACGUAUUCUCCUACGAAAGCAGCGCCGAGUCGAAACGCCUCAGCACCGACGCCGCCGUGCAGCACUACGAAAGCCAAGGGAUCCACCCGCAGAAGAUCCUGCUCGGGCUACCCCUCUACGGGCGCGCCUUCGAGGGGACCUCCGGACUAGGGCAGAACUACACGAGCGUGGGCCAGGGCGGCCCGCAGCCCGGGGUGUACUACUUCAGGGACCUGCCGAAGCCCGGGGCCGAGGUCGUUUAUGACGACGUGGCCAAGGCGACGUACAGCUACGACGCCGCGGCCAAGGAACUGAUCUCGUACGAUGAUGUUCGGAGCACGACAUACAAGGCGCAGUACCUGAAGUGGCGUCGGCUUGGAGGGGCCUUCUUCUGGGAGGCCAGUGGCGAUAAGGGCGGCGCGGGGGGAUUGGUUAAUACGAUGUCGAAGCAAUUGGAUUGGCUUGAUGGGACGCCGAAUAACCUCCACUACCCGACGAGUCAAUAUCGGAAUAUACGGUGGGGUAUGCCCGGGGAGUAGUAGAGUAGAUUGGUUAUGUCUCGUAAUUGCAUUUGAUUUGAUCCCUCUUCUCUUUUAUGCAGGGACUUGGGAGUUUAUGUGGCCUUGAAAGGGGUCUUUUUAGAUUGCGGCAUGUAU